GACGAGCCGAAUCCCUCCAGACGUUAUCAGCCUUGCGCGGCAGCAUGAGCGCACGGGGCCCGGCCCUCGGCCUCCUCCUGCUGCUGCUCUGGCCGGCGCAGGUGUUUUCACAGUCCUGUGUUUGGUAUGGAGAGUGUGGAAUUGCAUCUGGGGAUAAGAGGUACAAUUGCAAAUAUUCUGGCCCUCCAAAGCCAUUGCCAAAGGAUGGGUAUGACUUAGUGCAGGAACUGUGUCCCGGCUUUCUCUAUGACAAUGUCAGUCUCUGUUGUGAUGUUCAGCAGCUUCAGACACUGAAAGACAACCUGCAACUGCCUCUACAGUUUCUGUCCAGAUGUCCAUCCUGCUUUUAUAACCUAAUGAACCUGUUUUGUGAGCUGACGUGUAGUCCUCAACAAGGUCGGUUUCUGAAUGUUACAGCAACUAAAGAUUAUGUUGAUCCUGUCACAAACCAGACAAAAACAAACGUGGUAGAGUUACAGUACUAUGUCGGACAGAGUUUUGCCAAUGCAAUGUACGAUGCCUGCCGGGACGUGGAGGCCCCCUCAAGUAAUGACAAAGCCCUGGGACUCCUGUGUGGGAAGGAUGCUGAUGCCUGCAAUGCCACCAAUUGGAUUGAGUACAUGUUCAAUAAGGACAAUGGGCAGGCGCCGUUUACCAUCACUCCCAUCUUUUCAGAUCUUCCAGUCCAUGGGAUGGAACCCAUGAAUAAUGCCACUAAAGGCUGCAACGAGUCUGUAGAUGAGGUCACAGGGCCAUGCAGCUGCCAGGACUGCUCUGUCGUCUGUGGCCCAAAGCCUCAGCCCCCGCCCCCUCCCGUUCCCUGGAGGAUCUUCGGCUUGGACGCCAUGUACGUCAUCAUGUGGAUCACCUACAUGGCAUUUUUGCUUGUGUUUUUUGGAGCAUUUUUUGCAGUGUGGUGCUACAGAAAACGAUACUUUGUCUCCGAGUAUACGCCCAUUGAUAGCAACAUAGCUUUUUCCGUUAAUUCCAGUGACCACAAAGGGGAGGUGUCCUGCUGUGACCCACUUGGUGUGGCCUUCGAGGGCUGUCUGAGGCGGCUGUUCACAUGGUGGGGUUCUUUCUGCGUCCGAAACCCCGGCUGUGUCAUUUUCUUCUCGCUGGUCUUCAUUGUCGUGUGUUCUUCUGGCCUGGUGUUUGUCCGGGUUACAACCAAUCCUGUUGACCUCUGGUCAGCCCCCAGCAGCCAGGCUCGCCUGGAAAAAGAGUACUUUGACCAGCACUUUGGACCUUUCUUCCGAACGGAGCAGCUCAUCAUCCGGGCCCCCCUCACCAACAAACACACUUACCAGCCGUACCCCUCGGGAGCCGAUGUGCCCUUCGGACCUCCACUUGACUUAGAGAUUUUGCACCAGGUUCUUGACUUACAGACAACCAUUGAAAACAUUACUGCCUCUUACAACAAUGGGACGGUGACACUUCAGGAUAUCUGCUUGGCCCCUCUCUCGCCAUAUAACAAGAACUGCACCAUUAUGAGUGUGCUGAAUUACUUCCAGAACAGCCAUUCCGUGCUGGACCACAAGAUAGGGGACGAGUUCUACGUAUAUGCCGACUACCACACGCACUUCCUGUAUUGCGUACGGGCUCCUGCCUCUCUGAAUGACACAAGCUUGCUCCAUGACCCUUGUUUGGGUACAUUUGGUGGACCGGUAUUCCCAUGGCUUGUGCUGGGAGGCUAUGAUGAUCAAAACUACAAUAACGCCACUGCCCUUGUGAUUACCUUCCCUGUCAAUAAUUACUAUAAUGAUACAGAGAAGCUCCAGAGAGCCCAGGCCUGGGAAAAAGAGCUUAUUAAUUUUGUGAAAAACUACAAGAAUCCAAAUCUGACCAUUUCUUUUACUACUGAACGAAGUAUUGAAGAUGAACUAAAUCGUGAGAGUAACAGUGAUGUCUUUACUGUUGUCAUUAGCUAUGGCAUCAUGUUUCUAUAUAUUUCUCUAGCCUUGGGUCACAUCAAAAGCUGUCGCAGGCUUCUGGUGGAUUCCAAGAUCUCCCUGGGCAUCGCGGGCAUCCUGAUUGUGCUUAGCUCAGUGGCGUGCUCAUUGGGCAUCUUCAGCUACGUCGGGCUCCCCCUGACGCUCAUCGUGAUUGAAGUCAUUCCGUUCCUGGUGCUGGCUGUCGGGGUGGACAACAUCUUCAUUCUGGUGCAGACCUACCAGAGAGAUGAACAUCUUCAAGGGGAAACCCUGGAUCAGCAGCUGGGCAGGGUCCUAGGAGAGGUGGCUCCUAGUAUGUUCCUGUCAUCCUUUUCCGAGACUGUAGCAUUUUUCUUAGGAGCGUUGUCCCUUAUGCCAGCCGUGCAUACUUUUUCCCUGUUCGCUGGCAUGGCGAUCUUCAUCGACUUCCUUCUGCAGAUCACCUGUUUUGUGAGUCUCCUGGGGUUAGACAUUAAGCGUCAAGAGAAAAAUCGCCUGGACAUCCUGUGUUGCAUCACAGGUGCUGAGGACGGAACAAGCGUCCAGCCCUCUGAGAGCUAUUUGUUUCGCUUCUUCAAAGACUCCUACUCCCCACUGCUGCUGAGGGACUGGAUGCGGCCAAUCGUGAUCGCAGUAUUUGUGGGGGUUCUGUCGUUCAGCAUCGCGGUCCUGAACAAAGUCGAAAUUGGCUUGGAUCAGUCUCUUUCGAUGCCAGAUGACUCCUACGUGGUGGAUUAUUUCAAGGCCAUCAGUCAGUACCUGCACGCGGGCCCCCCUGUGUACUUCGUCCUGGAGGAGGGGCACGACUACACAUCUCCCACGGGGCAGAACAUGGUGUGCGGCGGCAUGGGCUGCAACAACGACUCCCUGGUGCAGCAGAUAUUCAACGCGGCCCAGCUGGACAACUACACCCGAAUCGGCUUUGCCCCUUCGUCCUGGCUCGACGACUACUUCGACUGGGUGAAGCCGCAGUCCUCCUGCUGCAGGGUCUACAACAUCACAGAGCAGUUCUGCAAUGCUUCGGUGGUGGACCCCACCUGUGUCCGCUGUAGGCCUCUGACCCCAGAGGGUAAGCAGAGGCCUCAGGGCGGGGACUUCAUGAGAUUCCUGCCCAUGUUCCUCUCGGACAACCCCAACCCCAAGUGUGGCAAAGGGGGCCAUGCCGCUUACAGCUCAGCUGUUAACAUCCUCGGCAAUGACACUGGGGUAGGUGCCACGUACUUCAUGACCUACCACACUGUGCUUCAGAAUUCCGCUGACUUCAUUGACGCCAUGAAAAAAGCCCGGCUUAUUGCCAGUAACAUCACCGCCACCAUGGGCCUCAAUGGCAGUCAUUAUCGCGUGUUUCCAUACAGUGUGUUUUAUGUCUUCUACGAACAGUACCUGACCAUCAUCAACGACACGAUCUUCAACCUGGGCACGUCCCUGGGCGCGAUAUUUCUGGUGACCAUGGUCCUCCUGGGCUGCGAGUUGUGGUCCGCGGUCCUCAUGUGUGCCACCAUCGCCAUGAUCUUGGUCAACAUGUUCGGAGUCAUGUGGCUCUGGGGCAUCAGUCUCAACGCCGUGUCCUUGGUCAACCUGGUGAUGAGCUGCGGCAUCUCGGUGGAGUUCUGCAGCCACAUAACAAGGGCGUUCACGGUGAGCACGAAAGGCAGCCGCGUGGAGCGCGCAGAGCAGGCCCUCGCCCACAUGGGCAGCUCCGUAUUCAGUGGAAUCACACUUACAAAAUUUGGAGGGAUUGUGGUGUUGGCCUUUGCCAAGUCUCAAAUUUUCCAGAUUUUUUACUUCCGGAUGUAUUUAGCUAUGGUCUUACUGGGAGCCACACAUGGAUUGGUAUUUCUCCCCGUCUUGCUCAGUUACAUAGGACCAUCAAUAAACAAAGCCAAAAGGCAUGCCACUGAAGAUCGAUUCAAAGGAACAGAGCGAGAACGACUUCUGAACUUCUAGCCCCUCACAGGUUUGGUGACUUGAACUGUGUCUGAGGGACAAUUUACCACUGGACAGGAGCUGCGUCAACAAGUCCCGUUGAACACCGAUGUCACCAGGCAUUGGGCUGUUUGACACUUGUACACUCAGGAAUGCACAGCUGACUUGAGAAGCAGUAUUACUAAAUCCGAGGGCAACCACGAGACACGAAACCUCUCUCAGCUCCUUUGGGAAAGAAACCUCAUUCUCUGGCCAGCAGAAGGUGAUGCUAAGGUGGCUGUGAAUGUGAUCCACUUGCGGAUACUUUUAGAAGGCCAGUCCAUGCACGGUCUCCUUUUUUUAGGAGUUAGCCAUCACACAAGUUCUAUGCCAUAUUUUUAGUGACAUUGAGGCUGUAGAUACACUUUAUUAUAUUUUGUAGUUUAAAGAGCUUUAUUAAUGCAAUAAAUUAACUUUGUACACAUUUUUAUAAAAAAGAAAAAACAAACUAGCAAGUGAUUUCAUAAUGUCGUAGGCCUCAUUAGAGCUUGGUCUCCAAAAACCUGUUUGAAAAAAGCAACGUGUUCUUCGCAGUGCUCGCCUGUAAGGGAAAGACAUCAGUCAUCAGAUGUGGCCCAAAAAAGCAAGGAAGAAAGAGAAUGCAGCUCACGGGUGUGUGGACUGGGUUUUAACUUAUUUUCUUUAAUAAAAUAUUUUGUUUUCCUAA